GAGACUGAACGGCGUAUAAAUCCGCUAUUUGAGUUUCAAGUGCGUCAUUAGAGAGAGAUCAUGGCGGCUCUGCUGGUGAAAAAAUGCGCGUCUCCGCUAUUUCUCAAAACACUUUCAGCUCCACAAUUGAGGAUGCCAUGUGGCUAUCACGAAAAGGUUGUGGACCACUAUGAGAACCCAAGAAAUGUCGGAUCUUUGGAUAAAAAUGCCAAGAAUGUGGGCACAGGGUUGGUUGGUGCCCCUGCAUGUGGAGAUGUGAUGAAACUGCAGAUUGAGGUGGAUGAGGCUGGGAAGAUUGUGGAUGCCAAGUUCAAAACCUUUGGCUGUGGCUCUGCUAUUGCUUCCAGUUCCUUGGCUACCGAGUGGGUGAAAGGCAAAUCUAUUAAUGAGGCCCUCACCAUAAAAAACACUGAUAUUGCUAAGGAGCUUAGCCUUCCACCAGUCAAACUGCACUGCUCAAUGCUGGCAGAGGAUGCCAUUAAAGCAGCUUUGGCAGACUACCGCCUGAAACAGGAAGGUGAACAGGGUGAGAAGAUUGCCAUGUCCCACAACUAGGAGGUGCACUUGAUCCUCUAAAUCAGUGGUUCUCAACUGGUGCUUCACAACCAAAUGGGGUUUCAGGUCUCUUCUGACUGGAUCGUGAGCAGCAGUAAAAUAAAACCAUGCUCAAUGCAGUGUUAAAUUCCUAGCAUUGUUGAAUAUUGACUUGGAAGAGAAUAAUGCAUUUCUUUUCUUAAAUUAUGCAACGACACUGAUUUUUGCAUAUUGUUUGGUCUACACAGAUUAUGGUAAUUUUAAUAAAUCUCAGUGUUAGGGUUUGGGUUACCAUUUGAUGUCCAAUGUAAACUCUAGGUCUUGAAACAAGCAGUUGAGAACCACUGCUCUAAAGUUUAGACCAAAGCUCUCCAACUCUUGCACUGUAGCCAGUCUUUUAAACGCACAAUGUAAAAGCACUGACCAACUGUUACAGUUUAAGCCAUACUUGUUUAGAUAUGUUGAUGUAAUGAAAGGAGUCAUAAGUGCUUUCACUUGCUAGCUGAAUGCGCACACAAAUGUUGUUCUGUUAUUUUAGAUGGAAGGAAUGAAAAUGCGAUUCUGAUGGUGACUUAUCCUGCUGGGCUUUUAUUCAUUGUCCUUUCAAAUGUCCAUAUGUUAAAUAAAUAAAGCAUAUUUAAAAACCA